UCUGUACCUCUGGCUGCGCUAAGUAGCUGAUCAGCGCGGCGAGGGGUAGAACAGCGCAGGACAUUACUGCGAGCAUCGUCGUGAUUCCUCUCUUCUUGCGACUGUCAGUAAGAAUUGACGGCCAGGAGGUAAGGUGGUGGAUUAAGGGCAUUAUAAAGUCCGAUAGAAGCAGGGAUCACUUUGGUAGUGGCGGAUGGCAGGCUGCUCCCAGACACUCAUAAAGGAGCGCUGGAGAGCGAAGCGGGUUCCUGGCAAUCUGCUUCGACUCUUGACUGCCUUCGUCUUAAUCCUCCCUGAUGAGCUCUUCGACAGACGGCGCCCCGACCGCAGCGGCUGUGCAAUCGCAGGCAAAACGCAAAAGCAGAAAGCUAGUCUGGUCGACGGGUGACAGUCUAUCGACAACAAAGAAGCGUGAUUUGCCCUCAGCGACCAAUGGCUUAUCGACCCCGAGAAGGGAAGAACCGCUCAAUGCGGAACUACUUUUGAUUCGGAAGAAUACUACGGCGACAAGGGCUACCGAUACUUUCUCCGAAAACACCUCGGUUGCCUCUGCAGCGCCGACGAUUUCAUUGUUAUCAACGUCGUCAUCAUCGUCAUCGUCGUCGCCUCCGCCUUCUUCCCCUUCGCGCGGUCACGGACGAUCGCGCUCCUUUUUUUUUCGAAAAGCCUCUCGCAGUGUCACCAGCAAGGCCGACCUAGCUGAACAUGGUCAAAAAGAAAGCGGGCCUGACGAAUGGGCCGGAAAGGAAGCCCUCGAAAAGUCAGAUGUUGAAAGAGGUGCCUUCAAGCUGGCCUCUUGCAGAGUGAGGACACUCGAGGAAAUUAGCGACCUCGUCUGCCGCAAAGCUGAAGAAGAGUUGCGCCCUCAACCUCAUACCGGCACUCAUUCUUCCUUCGUUGCGAUAACCAAAGUAGAAGAGGAAGCCAGACUCAGCAAGAAUACGGUCCAAGCAAGUCUGGCGCAUCAAAUCCUGCUGCCGUGCUCGCUCUCGUCGCCCACACGACGCAAAGUGAACAGUCUGUGGAGCGAGGGUCGGAAUGGUGCAAGGGAAGCGACGACCACCUUGGACACGUCGACGCUCGAUGGCCUGCUCCACUCAUCGAGCCGACCAGCGCCUCUUCCUCCAAAACGGCCGUCUCGCAACUCUGUCUCGUCACCACGCCCACGAUCGAGGAGCAUUGCGACGGCCUCUGCUGCAAAGUCGCAUUUUCACGCUCGACCAAGGCAACACUCCAGAAGCGGCUCUUCUGGCUCCUCUUCGACGUCAUCCUCAACCAGAAUCUGGAUCUCACAGUCUGACGGUCGGUCGGAAGCUACCUCGACAUCACUGGCCAGCAGCUUUGGCUCGCAGGUGGAGACCUUUGUCAAAAGCGAAUCUGCACAGUCAUUUGGUAGCCUCAGAGCCGUCACCGAGCGAAGAGCGGCGUCUCAAUCUCGACCAGGGAGCUCUUCGGCUAGCAUUUCAUCCUUUGUAACCGCUGCAAGCGAGCAACAAGGGACCUCUCGGUCGCGCAGUGGAAGCGCAUGUAGCAACAGCAGCGCCGGUGGCGGUGCAUGCGGACCGCGUAUCAUCGAUGAUCCUCCUCCCCUGCCUCCGGGUCUGCACAAGGGGAUAGUAUCAGAAGAGAAGUGGCAGCGCUCAACCAGGCAACCUUUUAACACGCCCACCUUCGGCAAGGACAGCUUCGAGCCGAUAAGGCGACGAGAGGGUGGAGGUGAUUCGCCUGCAUCGAGUUGUUGCAGCGUGAGCCACUUUGGCUCUCUUUCACUCGAUUACGUUGAAGAGCGUAUCCGAACGGCUAGAGGCGAGAUGGAGACCGGUUUGGGAAUAUCUCCCUUCGCUUCAUCUUCCAUCGAGAACCUCAUCGUUUGAGUCACUGCCUUUCUUAUCGUUUCCCUGUAUACAUUCAGACUAUUCUCGAUACAUCACCUUCACUUAUCUUCAC